AGUAACUGUCGCUGGGGUUCAGGCCUCAACGGACUUUGCCGUCUUUUUUUUUCCUGGUUUAACUUUAAAAAGCAGUCUAACGGCCGUGCGUUGCGCAUUCGGGCUGUCUGUACUGUUGCACCACGCUAAGCGUUUGUGAGUGACUGGUACUGGAGCGAAAAUGGUGGCUGGGGGCAGGGAGAACCUUUAAAAACCUGUUGGUUCCCCAAUCCCUAAUACGGAUAGAUAGACUGGUCCGUGUUCCACCCCUCGACCAGGAGUUUUUUUCUUUGGCUUCCCCUUGCUCCUGGCUCCAAAAUUCGGCAAACUCAAGAGGUUCUCAAAAUGUCAGCUGUUAAGGAGCAGCUUAUUGAGAAUCUAAUUGAAGAAGAUGAAGUCUCCCAGAGUAAGAUCACCAUUGUUGGAACUGGUGCUGUAGGCAUGGCUUGUGCUAUUUGUAUCUUAUUGAAGGAUUUGGCUGAUGAGCUUGCCCUUGUUGAUGUUGCAGUGGACAAACUGAAGGGAGAAACAAUGGAUCUUCAGCAUGGCAGUCUUUUCUUUAAUACUUCAAAGAUUAUCUCUGGAAAAGAUUACAGUGUAUCUGCAAACUCCAAAUUAGUUAUUGUCACAGCAGGUGCACGGCAGCAGGAAGGAGAUAGUCGCCUUGACCUGGUCCAACGUAAUGUGAAUAUCAUGAAAUCAAUCAUCCCUGCCAUAGUCCAAAAUAGUCCUGACUGUAAGAUGCUUAUUGUUUCAAAUCCAGUGGAUAUUUUGACAUACGUUGUCUGGAAGAUAAGUGGCUUACCUGCAACUCGUGUAAUUGGAAGUGGUUGUAAUCUAGACUCUGCCCGUUUUCGUUAUCUAAUUGGAGAGAAGUUGGGUGUACAUCCCACAAGCUGCCAUGGUUGGAUUAUUGGAGAACAUGGUGAUUCAAGUGUGCCCUUAUGGAGUGGAGUAAAUGUUGCUGGUGUUGCUCUGAAGACUCUAGACCCUAAUUUAGGAACUGAUUCAGACAAGGACCAGUGGAAAAAUAUCCAUAAACAAGUUGUUGGAAGUGCCUAUGAGAUUAUCAAGCUGAAGGGGUAUACCUCUUGGGCUGUUGGACUGUCUGUGACAGAUCUGGUAAGAUCAAUUUUGAAAAAUCUCAGGAGAGUGCAUCCAGUUUCCACUAUGGUUAAGACCAAUUCCAGAUCAAUCGGAAGUGGCUUUGUGGCUUUGCAGUUUUUCUUCAAGAUGGCGACCGUCAAGCGUGAAUUUAAGAUUUUUGCUUCAGAAGAGGCCAUUCAUCCCAGUAAGGAAGUGGAUCAGUUGCUAUGGCCUGUGCAUCUUAUUAAAAUUCCUGUGUGGAGUGGAAUGAACAUUGCUGUGGUCUCUCCGAAGGUUCUGAACUCAGAUAAAGGAACUGAUAAAGACCUGAGCAGUAGGAAAAUGUCUACAAAGUAGUGGUUGCCAGUGGCUGUGAGGUGAUUAAAAAGAAAUGGGGUGUUGCCCUACCUGUGCUGGUUUAACAGAAAGUAUUCUGAAGAAUCUUAGGAGUGCAUCCAGUUUCCACCAUGAGUAAGGGCCACUAUUGAAUAAAUGAAGAAUAUACCUUAGUGUUCCAUGUAUCCUGGGAGAGAAUGUUAUUACAGACCUCAUAAAGGUAAAGCUGACCUCUGCAGAAGAGGCCCAUCUGAAAAAGGGUGCAGAAACUCUGGGAAAUUCAGAAGGAGCGCAAGUUUUAAAGUUGCUUCAAACUACCAUUCUGAAGUUAUUGAAAGAGAGAUAGUAGUUAGUUACAGGAUUAAAUACGUCAAACUUUUGAAUAAACUCAAAUUCCUAAAAGUCAGAAAAAAGGAGGGAAGAAUGACUCCUCUAUUUAGCCCCUCAGCUCUUUUAUUUAGCAUCCAAAUGUUGGAUGAUACUUAUUUUUUAUAAUUCCUAAGUCACUGCAUCAAAUAAGGUAUUUUGGUACCUCUGAUGUACCAGUACUUGCCUUGUAUAUUAUAUAUGUAGUUGCCAUUUGGUUCAAAAGAAUGUAUGAUGUGUGUUUAUUGUGUUUAGAAACUGUGAUUCUUUUCAUCAGGUGUAUGCUAAUUAUUUCGUUCUGGCUGGCUGAUACACCUAUGUUCAUUUGUAUGCUAUAAAAAAGCUGUAACUUCCUUUACCAUGUACAAAUAAAUGUAUACACAAAAAUAACUCAUUUAAAUGUUAGCUUCAAACCUAACACUAGAUUAAACCUUGCUAGUUUCUUUUUUACAAGUAGAUUUUCAUUUUUUAAGA